AGUUUGGGAAAGAAUGCCUGGAAUUCAUUUCCUGUUCUGCAGCAGCGAGGAAACAUGAAGGGCUGAAGGAAGGCCCAAAGAAUCUGUCCAAAAGAGCCGAAAGCGGGAGCCUGCGCCAUGGCCCAGCCUCUGCUCAAGAGAACUUUCUCCCGGCUGCGAGGCAAGAACCGAUCCCGCAGGAAGACGGAGCCUCAAGUCAACGAUGCCACAGCGCAGCCCCACGUCACGCCGCGCAACUCUGGUGCGUCCGGGGCGGCGGCAGCGGGGCCCCGGUCUCCUCCCCUGGGCCGCUUAGCCGUGCCGUGGGCUCGGCGUGGAGCGGCCCCUGUGUGCGCAAAGUCGGAGUGUGCGCAGGACAAGCCAGCGGGCGGCGCAACAACUCAUCCAAAGACAACGGCCGCCGUCGCCGCCAACGAGCUGCCCGGCAGGCGGGCCUACCUGCAGAGCUUGGAGCGCAGCAGUCGGGACUGGGUGCUGUCCUCGGCGCCGGACGAGGCGGGCGGCUCGCAAAGCGCCACCACCGACAUUUGGUACAACCCCAUCCCGGAGGAGGAGCGGGCCAGGCUGGAGACGACGGGCAACCCAGCGCAGGGAGGGAAGGAGGCGCUUUCCGCCGCCGCCGGCGCCGUGGGCUGCUCCAGCUCAGAGAGCGCAGGUAAAGACUGGCCUUCCGUCAAGUCUUUCCAUGUCGGGCACAGAAUUGACAGGGCGGCGGUGGCGCCCGGCUCCUCAGAAGGAGCGGACCCUCGGCCCGCCCUGCCCAGGAAAGGGGGAGUGAUGGACAGGCUGAUGUCUCCCGGUGCCGUGCGCAAACUCUCCCUGAAGAUGAGGAAACUUCCGGAGCUCCGGCGCAAGAUCAGUCUCCGCUCCUCCCGGGUGGGACAGGGAGGCGGCGACGGGAAUGCCUCCGACGUCCUGAGUCGAUAUCAUCUGGACAGCUCAGCCCCGCCCGCAGCGCGCUCCGCCACUAAAGGAGGCUAUCUCAGCGACGGGGACUCACCUGAAGCGUCGCCGCGGCAACCAAGCCACCCGGCCUCCUUCCGCCACGUAGUGAGCGGCAUGCUGAGCGUUCACCUUCUGGCUCUGGACCUGGAGCGGACAAAGACAAACGAGUGGGACGAGAGCCGGGAAAUUUUUCUGGCAAUCCAGAUUGACGGAAUGGCUCGAGCCAGGACUUCCCUCCUUCGCCCGCGAGGUCACUCCGUUCCUUUGGACCACACCUUCCGCCUGGAGCUGGAGCGAGCGCGUCGACUCGGAGUGGCGGUGCUCAGUCCCGCCGCUCGCUUUGACCGAGCGGCUCGGCCGGGCAACGUGGUUUGCUGUCUGGGGGGCGUGGCCCUGCCGCCGCUCUUCAAAGGAAGUGGCGCUCGGCAGCUCAGCGUCAAGCUGGAACCCCAAGGCCGUCUGGACAUCAAAGUGUCGCUGCAGGAGCGACGAGACGCCCAGGGGGCCGCUAACCCGAGCGGACCCGCUCAUGUCUUCGGGGUGGAACUGCGUCGGCUGUUGGAGGAAGAAAGAUCGGUUGGCGGCGUGCCAUUGCUGGUCCAGAAGACGGUGGCAGAGAUCGAACGGCGAGGACUGAAGGUAGGGCCCGGAAACGCCCCGUCCCAGAGACGACUCGUGACCCCUGCCACCGUCGUCGUGGUCCUUCAGACCGUGGGUCUCUACCGACUGUGCGGCUCGGCCGCAGUCAAGAAGCAGCUGAGGGAUGGCUUCGAGAGAGACGGCUCGGCCGUCCGGCUCGGAGAGGACCUCUACCCCGACGUCAACGUCCUGACGGGAAUCCUCAAAGACUUCCUGCGCGAGCUGCCGUCUUCGCUCAUCACGGCCGCCUUGUACGAGGCGGUGAGGGAAGCCAUGACCCGGCGGCCCGCCCCGCCGCCGAGCCCGGACGUCCGCUGGGCCACGGUGGAGCUGCUCUCAUGUCUGCCGGUGCCGGAGAGGGUGAGACGGCUGGGCCAAGGCAGGCAGGCUGGGCUGGGCCAAGGCAGGCUGGGCCGGACCAGGCCACCUUUGCCUGCUGAGCGUUGGCCGCCUUCUCUCCUCUUGCAGGCCACUUUGACUCUGCUGCUGGACCAUCUCAGCCUGGUGGCCCACUUCAGCCCUCGCAACAGGAUGACGCACCGAAACCUGGCCGUCUGCUUCGGCCCGGUGCUGCUCAAACGCGCGGCGGAGGCAAAAGGGGGGCCGGGAGGGGGGGAGGCGUCGGGGGAUUCGGCCCGUGCCGUCGACUUCAAGCUUCACAUCGAGGCCUUGCAUUACCUGCUGCGGCUCUGGCCCGUGCCGACCCACCGAAUCCCAGCAGGAGCAGACGACGACGACAUCUGCCCAGCUCCUCGGCCCAAGCCGACCUGCCAGAGGCCAGACGGCGGAGCUUUGGAAGCGGUGUGGCGCCGGGGCCGGGGCACCGUGGCCCGCUUGGACAGUCCGCCGCCCGCCAACCGCUACGCUGGUGACUGGAGCGGGCAGCGGCUCGCGCCCGGUCGGGACGUCGAGUACGACGAGGUGGCGAGGAGCGAAAGCGACCCAGGUGGCGAAGAUGAUGAUGAUGACGACGACGACGAGGAGGAGGAGGACGGGGGAGAACCGUGGCGCUCGGGAGCCCGCCGAGCGCCACGCUGCUGCGCCGAGGACCUGCUGGACUUUGAUGCUCCGUUUAACUGCCGACUCAGCCUGAAGGACUUUGACGGCCUGAUUAACGACCUGGACCGAGAGCUGGCCAAACGCGUCAACAUUUGCACGUAGAUACCGACAGAGGAGGAGCGAGGCCGGCCGAUUGGGCGACCAGGCUCGAUGAAGAAGUCCUUUGGGAAGGCUUGGCCGCUCGCUCGCUCGCCGCGUCACUGGAGUCUCAGUAUUGAAGUCGACUCAUGCGGAACAUGAAUCAGGGUACGAACAAGUUGACGGAGGCUGUUCACCGACGAUGGUACCGAGUGUGGGACGACGGCUGACGUACUAGGCAGUAUUCUUUCAUUUUGUACUAUGCACUUGGUCUUGUAAGCAAACGGCCCAAAAUAAAACUCAUGCACAACA